UGUUUUUUCAUGGUUCUCUGAUUCAACAGCUUCAGUUAUUUCUUACUUUCUCUGCAGGUGAAUAAUCUUCAUGUUUUUUCAUGGGAACAAAUAACCAGACGUGGGUGAGUGAAUUUAUUCUCCUCGGCCUGUCCAGUGACUGGGGCACUCAGGUGUCACUCUUUGUCCUGUUCUUGGUCAUGUACCUGGUAACCGUGCUGGGUAACUUUCUCAUUGUUCUUCUGAUAAGAUUGGACAGCCGACUCCACACACCCAUGUAUUUCUUCCUCACCAACCUCUCCCUUGUGGAUGUCUCUUAUGCCACGAGCAUAGUCCCUCAGCUAUUGGUGCAUUUUCUUACGGAACAUAAAGUAAUCACCUACCUGAGCUGUGCAGCCCAGCUAUUUUUCUCCCUGGCCUUGGGAGGAAUUGAGUUUGUUCUACUGGCCGUGAUGGCAUAUGACCGCUAUGUGGCUGUGUGUGACCCCUUGAGAUACUCAGCCAUCAUGCAUGGAAGGCUGUGUGCUAGGCUGGCCAUCUCAUCCUGGGUCAGUGGCUCCAUCAACUCUCUCUUGCAGACUGCCAUAACCUUUCAGCUUCCCAGAUGUCCAAACAAGCUUAUUGAUCACAUAUCUUGUGAACUCCUAGCUGUGGUCAGGCUGGCUUGUGUGGACACAUCCUCCAAUGAGGUUGCAAUCAUGUUUUCCAGCAUGGUCCUGCUGAUGACACCAUUCUGCCUGGUUCUCUUGUCCUACAUCCGGAUCAUUUCCACCAUAUUAAAGAUGCAGUCCACAGAGGGAAGGAGGAAAGCCUUCCACACAUGUGCUUCUCAUCUCACAGUGGUUGCCCUGUGCUACGGAAUGGCCAUUUUCACUUACAUUCAGCCUCACUCUAGCCCCUCAGCUCUCCAGGAGAAGGUGAUUUCGCUCUUCUACGCCAUUUUAACACCCAUGCUGAACCCCAUGAUUUAUAGUCUGAGGAAUAAGGAUGUGAAGGGGGCUUGGCAGAAGCUCUCAGGACAAAUCUCUGGGUUAACAUCAAAACUGGCAACUUGAUGAAUCAUGAGCAUCACCUAGAGAAAAGAGCUUUCCCUCUGUGUUCCCCACCCAAGUCAGAUAUGACAAGUAGAGAGUGCAUCACCCUGGAAACCAUGAGGGAGGUGAUGGAGCAUGUACUGGUGAUGUCAGGUAGGAGGCUGAGUUGUUGUGCUGAUAUGAAGAGUGUGUGAGUUUUUUUUUGUUUUUUAAUGUCAGAGCAUCAAGUUCUAUGAAGCUAAACACUACUGUAUUAGCUCUUCCUUUCCUUACUCAAGUAUUGAAAUGAAAAAAAACUGUUUAAUUGUUUUGAUUUGUGACAUUAGCUGUAACCCUGGACUUAUUCAUGGGUCUUACUUUGGAACACUAGUUUAUAUUCAUCCACAGUUUGAAAAAAAGACUGUGUUUCCAUUGGGAAUAGAAUGCAUUUUCACAUGUGAAUGCUCGCUAAAAAUAAUGAUGGUGUCGGCAGUCACAGCCAGUUACUGUGUGAGUCGCUGUUCUGGGCUAAUACGAGAAGAGUGUUGUGACUGACGCUGAUUAAAGUGUUUUUGUGCGGGACCUAGUACAUAUGGAUAUGAUGUCGUUGUCUGAGUGGUGGAGUUAAUGCAGUGGGGGAUCAUCAACUAUAGCUCUUGUUUUACCAUGAUAAUGACACAAUCAAGGGUUCUUUGUACCCAGUGGCUUUUUUGGUAAAAAAAAAAAAAAGCAAAAUUUCAGCACUGCUAAAUAGUAUAGAGUUUGAGAGAAAUUUACUGUAUACAUGAGAGGUACCAUCUAGGUUAUGAAAGCUGUCCAAUCUCUGAAAAAUCAGUAGUCUCUUUCUCUGAAACUUUAGAAACAAGCAAACACAUAAAGUAUGAGAUAAAUGUAAAAAUACCAAUGACAUAUUUCAUUUGUAAAAAAGACACAUGCCUUGGUCAAAGCCAAUGGAAGGUAAUACAGCUUUAAUGUAAAGCUUUGGGAAUCAGAAUAAGUCAUUCAGUUGUGCACAUAUUACCCUCAAAUCUCUAUAUUAAGAACCUUCUAACACCUUCUAAAACCCUCCUUUCUCACCUCCUUCUUGUCCCCCAACGUCUUA